AUGACGCCGCUGCUCUUCCUGACGCCGGCCAAAGUUGAGAUUGCCAAGGAAGACGUCGAGGUGUACGAAUCCAUUUUCCUGCCCAGUGGGGUGUCCACUGCCGCGUUCGUGCAGCUGAUGCAGCGCAGCCACCGCAAGCGCAAAGAAGCCGGGCAAUUGGUCGUGAAAGGUGGCGUGCCUUUCGGCAAGGUCGUCCUUCUCUUGCGAGGUGAGGCAGUGGCUUUGCAUAGUCUAGAGCCAGACCAGAACCCAGAG